AUCAAGCACCUAGGCAUGCAGACUGCUUCUACAAACAUUUGUGAAAGAAUGGGUCGCUCUCAGGAGCUCAGUGAAUUCAAGCGUGGUACUGUGAUAGGUUGCCAUCUGUGCAAUAAGUCCAUCCAGGAAAUUUCCUUGCUACUAAAUAUUCCACUGUCAACUGUUAGUGGUAUUAUAACAAAGUGGAAGCAACUGGGAACAACAGCAACUCAGCCACGAAGUGGUAGGCCAUGUAAAAUGACAGAUCGGGGUCAGCGCAUGCUGAAGCACACAGUGCACAGAAGUCACAAACUAUCUGCAGAGUCAAUAGCUAAACACCGCCAAGCUUCGUGUGGCCUUCAGAUUAUCACAAUAACAUUGCGUAGAGAGCUUCAUGAAAUGGGUUUCCAUGGCCAAGCAGCUGCAUCCAAGCAUUACAUCACAAAGUGCAAAGCAAAGCAUCAGAUGCAGUGGCGUAGUGGUCUAGAGCAGUGGAGACCAGAACGGUACUUGCCUGACUGCAUUGUGCAAAGUGUAAAGUUU